ACUACUAAUAAUAAAAAAAUUAAAUAAAAAACCGAGCUCAACACACUCUCUUCUUGUUCUAUAAAAAGACUACACAACCCAUCUCUUUGUAACGCUUUCACCUCAUUUACUUUCUCUCUCCUCUGCAAUAUUUUCUCUCUCUCCUCGCGGAAAUCCGCCAUUGCUGAGGAGACGGGAGACCUUCAACUUAUCUCUCUUCUUUCUCCCACUACUGUGUCAAUACGACGCCGUCUUCAUCACCCUGUAUAAUCAUCGGAAAUCAAUUUUCGUAUAUAUUUAAUCAAUUAUAAUUAUAACGACGAUAAUAAUAACAAUAAUAUUAAAUUAAAUCAAAAAUCAAUCCUAAAAUCAACCGGAAAAGCUCGAUUAGACGACAUGUCGGUUGCAGCAGGGGUAGGUUCGGUAUUAAACCUCCGAACCAAAGUAGGUUCGGAUGACCAUGGAGGACUAGUAGUGGUGCAGCCACAGUUAUGUAGGUUCGGUAAGAGAAGCUCCCGAAGCUACGCGGUUCGGAGGUCCGAAGCCAAGAUCUGUGAAAGCAAAAUCUUCGGAAAUAGGUUAAGAUCCGAGAGACUACGACCACUGCUUCGGGACCCGAAUUCGAGGUUCGUUAUUCAAUCCGCAUUAUCUCUGGUUCCGGAGCAGCCUCUCGGGUUAUACGACCCGAAAAAUGAUAAGGAUUCUUGUGGUGUUGGUUUUGUCGCUGAACUUUCCGGCGAGUGCAGCCGUAAAACGGUUACGGAUGCAGUUGAAAUGUUGGUGAGGAUGUCACACAGAGGUGCGUGUGGUUGUGAGACUAACACUGGUGAUGGUGCCGGUAUUCUCGUCGGUCUUCCGCAUGAUUUCUUCACCGAGGUGACGAAGGAUCUUGGAUUUCAAUUGCCACCUCUUGGAGAAUAUGCAGUUGGGAUGUUUUUCUUGCCUACUUCUGAGAGUAGAAGGGAAGAAAGCAAAAAUGUGUUUACUAAGGUUGCAGAAUCACUUGGUCAUACAGUCCUGGGAUGGCGUCCGGUCCCAACCGAUAAUUCAGGACUGGGUAAGUCUGCUCUGAUGACUGAACCAGUGGUUGAACAGGUGUUUCUUACACCAACCCCUCGAUCAAAAGCAGACCUUGAACAGCAGAUGUACAUACUGAGGAGGGUUUCAAUGGUAGCUAUUAGAGCUGCGUUGAACCUCCAACAUGGCGGUGUAAAGGACUUCUAUAUAUGCUCUCUGUCCUCAAGGACUAUUGUUUACAAAGGUCAGUUGAAGCCUUCUCAACUGAAGGAGUACUAUUAUUGGGAUCUUGGCAAUGAAAGGUUUACGAGCUACAUGGCCCUGGUGCAUUCUCGCUUCUCCACCAACACAUUUCCAAGCUGGGAUCGUGCUCAGCCUAUGCGUGUAUUGGGUCAUAACGGGGAGAUCAAUACUCUUCGUGGAAAUGUAAAUUGGAUGCGGGCUCGUGAAGGUCUGCUUAAGUGCAAGGAACUUGGUCUGUCAAAGAAUGAAAUGAAAAAGCUUUUGCCUAUCGUGGAUGCCAGCUCUUCUGAUUCAGGAGCUUUUGAUGGCGUUCUUGAACUCUUGGUUCGUGCUGGUAGAAGUAUUCCUGAAGCCGUCAUGAUGAUGAUUCCUGAAGCUUGGCAGAAUGACAAGAAUAUGGAUCCUCACAGAAAGGGAUUUUAUGAGUACCUCUCGGCCCUAAUGGAACCAUGGGAUGGGCCAGCUCUUAUAACAUUCACUGAUGGCCGAUAUCUUGGAGCCACUCUGGAUCGGAAUGGAUUACGUCCUGGACGUUUCUAUAUAACUCACAGUGGACGAGUUAUAAUGGCAAGUGAGGUUGGAGUUGUUGAUAUUUCACCAGAAGACGUAUCCAAGAAAGGGCGUUUGAACCCUGGAAUGAUGCUUUUGGUUGAUUUUGACAAGCACAUUGUUGUCGAUGAUGAUGCCUUAAAAAAGCAAUAUUCAAUGGCUCGGCCAUAUGGGGAAUGGCUGAAAAGGCAGAAGUUAGUAUUGAAGGACAUAGUUGAUUCUGUGGCCGAGACAGAGAGGGUUGCUCCUGCUAUUUCUGGAGCAGUUCCUGUGUCUAAUCUGGAUGAGGACAUGGAGAACAUGGGCAUUCAUGGUUUGUUGGCGCCAUUGAAGGCUUUUGGGUACUCUGUUGAAGCCUUGGAAAUGCUAUUGAUUCCCAUGGCAAAGGAUGCCACUGAGGCUCUUGGUUCCAUGGGAAAUGAUACUCCCUUGGCUGUGAUGUCAAACAGGGAGAAACUCACUUUCCAGUACUUCAAGCAGCUGUUUGCUCAAGUCACAAACCCUCCCAUUGAUCCUAUUAGGGAGAAGAUCGUGACAUCCAUGGAGUGCAUGAUUGGUCCUGAAGGUGAUCUCACAGAAAUGACUGAGUUGCAGUGUCACCGUCUAUCAUUGAAGGGGCCUCUUUUGACCAUUGAAGAAAUGGAAGCUGUUAAGAAAAUGGAUUACAGAGGAUGGCGUAGCAAGGUCAUUGACAUCACAUAUCCCAAGACCCUGGGUAGAAAAGGCUUGGAGCAGACGUUGGACAGGAUCUCUGCUGAAGCAAGAGAUGCAAUAAAGGAGGGAUACACUGUUCUGGUGCUUUCUGACCGAGCUUUCUCGCCAAGUAGAGUUGCAGUCAGCUCUCUAUUGGCGGUUGGUGCCGUUCAUCAGCAUUUAGUUAAGACACUUGAGCGAACUCGUGUUGGUCUGAUAAUUGAAUCUGCUGAGCCACGUGAAGUGCAUCAUUUCUGUACACUAGUUGGUUUUGGAGUGGAUGCAAUUUGUCCGUAUUUGGCCAUUGAAACUAUAUGGAGGCUGCAAGUAGAUGGAAAGAUUCCACCUAAAUCAACUGGUGAAUUUCGCUCAAAGGAUGAGCUAAUUAAGAGAUACUUUAAAGCAAGCAACUAUGGAAUGAUGAAAGUUCUUGCAAAGAUGGGAAUAUCUACCUUGGCAUCAUACAAGGGUGCUCAGAUAUUUGAAGCUGUAGGUCUUUCUUCAGAAGUCAUUGAGAGGUGUUUCACUGGAACUGCAAGCAGAGUUGAAGGUGCAACUUUUGUAAUGCUGGCCUCUGAUGCAUUGAAACUUCAUGAGAUGGCAUUUCCAAGACGGGCUCUUCCGUUUGGAAGUGCAGAAUCAGUCGCACUACCUAAUCCAGGGGAUUAUCACUGGAGGAAAGAUGGUGAACUUCACCUCAAUGAUCCUCUUGCUAUGGCAAAGUUGCAGGAAGCUGCUAAAUCAAACAGUGUUGGAGCCUACAAAGAAUAUUCAAAACGUAUCAAUGAGUUAAAUAAAUCAAGCAAUCUAAGAGGACUUUUGAAGUUCAAGGAAAUGAAAGAUCAAGUUCCCUUGGAAGAGGUAGAACCUGCAAGUGAGAUUGUGAAACGAUUUUGCACUGGUGCCAUGAGUUAUGGAUCAAUAUCCUUGGAGGCGCACUCUGCUCUUGCUAUUGCUAUGAACAAGCUGGGAGGAAAAUCUAAUACAGGUGAGGGAGGUGAGAAUCCGUCACGUCUAGAGCCACUCCCAGAUGGUUCAAUGAAUCCUAAGCGUAGUGCUAUUAAGCAGGUGGCAAGUGGAAGAUUUGGUGUUUCCAGUUAUUAUUUGACCAAUGCUGACGAGUUACAAAUUAAGAUGGCUCAGGGUGCUAAGCCUGGUGAAGGUGGGGAGCUCCCUGGUCAUAAGGUGAUUGGAGAUAUUGCUGUAACUAGAAACUCCACAGCUGGUGUUGGACUUAUAAGCCCUCCUCCUCAUCAUGACAUUUAUUCAAUUGAGGACCUUGCUCAACUUAUUCAUGACUUGAAGAAUGCCAAUCCAUCAGCCCGAGUAAGUGUUAAACUUGUGUCUGAAGCUGGUGUUGGAGUGAUUGCUGCUGGGGUUGUCAAGGGGCAUGCUGACCAUGUUUUGAUAUCUGGACAUGACGGAGGUACUGGAGCAUCUCGAUGGACAGGCAUAAAAAAUGCUGGGCUUCCUUGGGAGCUUGGCCUGGCUGAGACGCAUCAAACUCUGGUUGCUAAUGACCUUCGAGGCCGUACAGUUCUUCAAACAGAUGGUCAAUUGAAAACAGGAAGAGAUGUGGCAAUUGCAGCUCUUCUUGGAGCUGAAGAGUUUGGUUUCAGCACUGCUCCCCUCAUCACACUUGGGUGCAUAAUGAUGAGGAAGUGCCAUAAGAACACUUGUCCAGUGGGCAUUGCUACACAGGAUCCUGUUCUUCGUGCAAAGUUUGCUGGUGAGCCUGAGCAUGUUAUUAAUUUCUUCUUCAUGCUAGCAGAGGAGGUCAGGGAGAUCAUGUCUCAGCUUGGGUUCAGGAAGCUUGAUGAGAUGGUUGGGCGCUCAGAUAUGCUUGAAGUUGAUGAAGAAGUGACGAAGAGCAAUGAGAAGCUGAAGAACAUUGAUCUCUCUCUCUUGCUUAGACCAGCUGCUACCAUCCGUCCAGGCGCUGCUCAGCGCUGUGUCCAAAAACAGGAUCAUGGCUUGGACAUGGCUUUGGAUCAAGAAUUGAUUGUGAGCUCUAAAGCUGCCCUCGAAAAGGCCCUUCCUGUAUAUAUUGAAACCCCAAUCAAGAAUGUAAACCGUGCUGUGGGAACUAUGCUUAGCCAUGAAGUGACAAAACGUUACCACUUGGAAGGACUACCUACAGACACUAUCCACAUUAAAUUCAAUGGAAGUGCAGGCCAAAGUCUUGGAGCUUUCCUUUGCCCUGGUAUAACUUUAGAGCUUGAAGGUGACAGUAAUGACUAUGUUGGGAAAGGAUUAUCAGGUGGUAAGAUUGUUGUAUAUCCUCCAAGGAGUAGCGGCUUUGAUCCCAAAGAGAACAUUGUAAUUGGCAAUGUAGCUCUUUAUGGAGCAACCUGUGGAGAAGCAUACUUUAACGGCAUGGCGGCAGAGAGAUUUUGUGUACGUAAUUCAGGGGCUAAGGCCGUUGUGGAAGGCGUUGGUGAUCAUGGUUGCGAGUACAUGACUGGUGGAACUGUGGUGGUAUUAGGAAAAACUGGCCGAAACUUUGCUGCAGGUAUGAGCGGUGGUAUAGCAUAUGUUCUUGAUUUGGACGGAAAAUUCCAUUCCCGAUGCAAUUCUGAGCUAGUGGAUCUUGAUAAAGUUGAGGAAGAAGAGGAUAUAACGAGUCUAAGAAUCAUGAUUCAGCAGCAUCAACGCCAUACAAAUAGCAAGCUUGCUCAGGAAGUGCUAGCAAGUUUUGACACCCUCUUGCCCAAGUUUAUCAAGGUCUUUCCUAGAGACUACAAGCGGGUGCUUGCAAGCAUGAAAACUGACGGAGCAUCCCAGGAGACUGGCGGUAAGGUGGCCGAGGAGGAAAAAGAUGAAAUUGAAGUGACUGAAAAAGAUGCAUUUGAAGAACUAAAAAAGAUGGCAAGUUCUGCUUUGCAAGAGCAAGACAGUCAGGAAGAGGACGAAGUAGAAGAGUUCAAGCGUCCUUCUCGGGUUCCUGAUGCUCAAAAACAUCGUGGUUUUGUUGCAUAUGAACGUGAGGGGAUUCAGUAUCGUGAUCCAAAUGAAAGGAUGAAGGACUAUAAUGAGGUCAUGGAUGAAAAAAGACCUGCCCCCUUAUUGAAGACACAAGCUGCUCGGUGCAUGGAUUGUGGUACUCCAUUUUGCCAUCAGGAUAAUACAGGGUGCCCACUAGGAAAUAAAAUCCCGGAGUUUAAUGAAUUAGUUUACCAGAAUAGGUGGCGUGAAGCUCUGGACCGACUCUUGGAAACGAAUAACUUCCCAGAGUUUACUGGUAGAGUUUGUCCAGCACCGUGUGAGGGUUCCUGUGUUCUUGGCAUCAUUGAAAAUCCUGUGUCAAUCAAAACUAUUGAAUGUUCAAUCAUAGACAAAGCCUUUGAGGAAGGAUGGAUGGUCCCAAGGCCUCCACAGAAAAGAACUGGGAAAAAAGUUGCUGUAGUUGGAAGUGGACCUUCUGGCAUGGCAGCUGCGGAUCAACUGAACAAAAUGGGUCAUUUUGUGACUGUUUAUGAACGUGCUGAUAGAAUUGGAGGGUUGAUGAUGUAUGGAGUGCCGAACAUGAAGACUGACAAAGUGAAUGUUGUUCAACGGCGUGUGAAUCUCAUGGCUGAGGAAGGUGUACAAUUCGUAGUGAAUGCAAAUGUUGGCAAAGAUCCACAAUAUUCCAUUGACCGGCUUAAGGAGGAGAAUGAUGCCAUUGUGUUGGCUGUUGGGGCUACAAAACCCAGGGACCUUCCUAUCGAAGGACGGGACUUGUCAGGAAUCCAUUUUGCCAUGGAAUUCCUACAUGCAAAUACUAAGAGCUUGCUUGACAGUAAUCUACAAGAUGGUAACUACAUCUCUGCUAAAGGGAAGAAGGUUGUGGUCAUUGGUGGAGGUGACACAGGCACUGAUUGCAUUGGUACAUCUAUUCGACAUGGCUGUACUAAUGUCGUCAACUUGGAACUUCUUCCCCAACCACCAAAUUCGAGAGCUCCUGGCAACCCUUGGCCACAGUGGCCACGUAUUUUCCGAGUUGACUAUGGUCACCAGGAAGCUGCUGCCAAGUUCGGUAAAGACCCGAGGUCUUACGAGGUUCUCACAAAGCGUUUUGUUGGAGAUGAGAAUGGUAAGUUAAAAGGUCUUGAGUUGGUACAUGUCGUGUGGGAAAAGGAUGCCAGUGGGAAGUUCCAAUUCAAGGAAGUUGAAGGAUCGCAAGAGUUCAUUGAAGCAGAUUUAGUACUUCUCGCUAUGGGAUUCCUAGGCCCUGAAGCGAACGUGGCAGACAAGCUGGGCGUGGAGAAAGACAACCGCUCGAACUUCAAGGCUGACUAUGGUCGGUUUUCAACCAAUGUGGAGGGUGUAUUUGCUGCUGGGGAUUGUAGACGAGGCCAGUCCUUGGUAGUGUGGGCCAUCUCAGAGGGCAGGCAAGCUGCUUCUCAGGUUGACAGGUAUCUCAUGGGUGAAGAGAAGGAGGUUGACGUCAGCACUCCAGUAGAAGAAGUUGCCGGUAAGAGGCAACUGGAGAGUGACAAACGAACUGUGAUGACAUAGGCUGCUUGUCUUGAUCAAUUCUUUUCUUCAUGCCCGAAAGAACCAGCGAUUAGGAACUGCUGCUUCGUAAAUGUGAGAAUUUAGAGGUGUUUGAUUGAUGACCACCAAGCUUCUUGUGGCUAGUAAUAAGUAAAAGAAAGUGGUCGUAUUUGUUUCUUUGCCACAUUUUGUUUAUAUGGACUGCCCAUUACCUGAAAGGCGUUAUCGGGUAGUAGUGAAGCUAGAUAGAGCAAUGUACAGUUUUGUUUGAAAGCUAUAUAUGUGAAAGUUAGAGCUGGAAACUUAAGAUUGCACAUGAUGCCAGAUUGUAAUUGAAUCUGAAGCACCAAUGUGAGAUUUUUCUUUGUGAACAAACAAUAUGAGAAGCCUUGUCCACUUAUAAUUAUUAAAAUUUGAGGAUAUAAUUUGUCAGC